AUGUCGGGUAACAACAACAACUCCGGCAACACCGGCGGUGGCACCAAGGACUCUACUCCAAUGACUCAGGGCGAUGCGAGCAGGAUCCAGUCUGGUCAAGCCAAGAGCGGCGGCGACAUGUCCUCUGGUGGUUUCGCGGCUCGCGCUCAGGGCGCUGGCGAUCGCAAUGCCAAUGCCGGUGGCCAACAGAGCGGCGGCACCAAGAAGUGA